UCACAUCCUGUUCUCUCCAAAACAAACCCUCACAGCAUAUGUCUCAAAGGUCUAACGUGCCUCACUCUUCCACCAUAGCUUUCGGUCUCCAAUCUCAUCUCCUGGUCUCCAGUGAGAUGAACCCUAAUUCCUACUGGUCCUCCUGAUCUACCUUCUACAAUCCAUUCUCUUACUAUUCUUUAAAACAUAAAAACAAAAAAUACUUAUAACCCAUUCUUUGUAUUGACCUUAAGCCUCAUUUGUUUGUUCGUUUCUUGAAAAAAAUCAAAUAUCUCAACAAUGGGUGUCAAAGGAUUUGUUGAAGGAGGCAUAGCUUCGAUCGUUGCCGGCUGCUCAACCCACCCCAUCGACCUCGUCAAGGUCCGUAUGCAGCUCCAGGGCGAGUCCGUCACCCCGAACCCGGCGGUUCAGAACCUACGCCCGGCUCUUGCUUUUCACCCCAACUCCGCCGCUGGAUCCGUCCGUGUCCCACCUCCGCCUCCCGCGCCGCCUGUGCGCGUUGGCCCAAUUUCCGUCGGAGUGCGCAUUGUGCAACAAGAAGGAAUGGCAGGUUUGUUCUCUGGUGUCUCCGCCACUGUUCUCAGGCAGACUCUGUAUUCCACCACCCGAAUGGGUCUGUACGAUAUCAUGAAGCAGAAGUGGACCGAUCCCAACACGGGAAACAUGCCGCUGACCCGGAAAAUCACGGCGGGUCUGAUCGCCGGCGCGAUCGGAGCUGCCGUUGGAAACCCGGCUGAUGUGGCGAUGGUUCGUAUGCAAGCCGACGGUCGGCUUCCGAUGGCUCAGCGCCGGAACUACAGGAGCGUGGUCGACGCUCUAACCCGGAUGUCGCGCCAGGAAGGUGUUCGGAGCCUAUGGCGCGGCUCGUCCAUGACGAUUAACCGAGCCAUGCUCGUGACGGCUUCGCAGCUGGCUUCGUACGACCAGAUCAAGGAGACGAUUCUGGACAAAGGGAUCAUGAAAGACGGGCUGGGGACCCACGUGACGGCGAGCUUUGCGGCGGGGUUUGUGGCGUCGGUUGCGUCAAACCCAGUUGACGUUAUCAAAACCAGAGUCAUGAACAUGAAGGUCGAGCCCGGAUCACCGCCGCCGUACAACGGAGCCCUUGACUGUGCCCUCAAAACGGUGCGUGCAGAGGGUCCCUUUGCCCUCUAUAAAGGGUUUUUGCCAACGAUCUCGAGGCAAGGGCCUUUCACUGUGAUGCUGUUCGUGACAUUGGAGCAGGUUCGUAAGUUGCUCAAGGAUUUCUGAGUAGAAUGAUGAUGACGACAAUUAAGAGUGUUUAUUAUUACUACUAUUGAUAUUUUUGUAUAAGUAAUUAAGUUGAAUCCUCCUGGAGUUUGGGGAUGGAAUUUAGAAGAUAUUAAAAAAAAAAACCACUGAAACGUGGUGUUAUCAACAUGGAUCAUAAUUUUUAUACAAAUAUUUAUUGAUAAUGAUGAUAAUUUUUUUGGGAUAAAUCUUGUUGUGUCUUGUUCUAUGUAGUCCUUGCUUUGAAUGAGGUCAUGAGUUAUUGGAUGAAAGAAAGAAAAUGAAAGUGGUUAAGUCUUAA